CUUAUCCAAAAACCAGCUUCUGUGACUCAAAUUUAACAUUUUCUACAACAUUGUCUGGUUAGAACAAAAGACAAUGAGCUAGCUCAUGCCUCAUUCUCUUACUUCAUGAACACAACCACAGCCACAUUCCUACUCCAAGCAUCAUGACUGAUACAGUGGACAAACUGGUCAUCUUCCUAGCAAAGAGAGAUGGUAUUGACAAGCUUGUCAAGACCUUCCAGUAUGUCUCUAAGCUUGUCAACUGGCAUGUGGAAGCCACAAACCCUGACAUGUCCAAGAGGUUCAAGCAAUGGGAAGUUGCCUCAGGUCUCAGCAGAAAAGCCUUCAGAACUGGCAGGUUCCUGACAGGAUUCAAUGCUCUUAGGAGAAAUCCAGGUUCCAACAACACUCUAAGGCUUCUAGCAGUGCUUUCUAAUGCAGGGGAAAUGGUUUACUUUUUCUUUGACCAUUUUCUUUGGCUGUCAAGGAUUGGAACCAUAGAUGCAAACUUGGCGAAGAAGAUGAGCUACAUAUCAGCCUUUGGUGAGGCUGUGGGGUAUGUUUUCUUCAUCAUAGCUGAUUUCAUUUUGUUGCAAGAAGGGUUGAAGGCAGAGAGAAAGCUGAAAGAAGGGUCCAAGGAAAAGUCAUCAUCAUCAGAAGAAGAGAAAGAGAAUGAGAAAAGGAUUCAGAAGAUUAGAGGUGAUAGGAUAAUGAGGCUAAUGGCUGUGGCUGCAAAUGUUGCGGAUUUGAUCAUAGCAUUGGCAGAGAUUGAGCCUAACCCAUUUUGCUGCCACACUGUUUCUCUUGGUAUUAGUGGCUUGGUUUCUGCUUGGGCUGGUUGGUAUAGAAACUGGCCAUCAUAAGGCAAAUUCGAAGAGUUUUAAAUUGUGAAUGUGGGCGGAAAUUGCAGAUUAAUGCGGAUUGAAACGGCUGCAAUUGUGGUCAUGAUGCUGUUGCGGAGAUUUUUAAACUCUUUACAUUGCGGCCGGACUGCAUUUUGAAACACACUGUAAUGUUUCACACCUGAAUGAAUGUUAAGUUGUUUUGUUUAUAAGUAUAAACUCUGAAGUUGUUUCUGUUUCCUCUCAUGAGUCUAAUCUUCAAAAUCAAUUAUAAGGUUAUACAUAAGAUGCCAUUGUUUUUUAGACCA